AUGGUCGAUAUUCAGAUGGUAUGUGAAGACGAUGUUACAAAGCUCCGACCAAAGUUCCCGGGAUCCUGGUUGACAGCUGACGUUGGAAUUCAAGCCGCCGCUAACCAAAUCCAGGUCACGGCGGAAGUAACCGAGGCUUGGCGGACAGGGAUAACGGUGCAGAUUCCGCCCAACAUGCUGGAUUUUUAUAUUCGGAUAUUGGGACUUUCGGAAGUAGCUGGAAGAGUGUUCUCCAUUUUUACAAUGAUUAAAACUAAGAUCCAGGAACAAUAG